UGUGGUCAAUGAUAUCAGUGAAAUGAAUCAGUAUCAGUGUCAAAGGUGGUGGUUGGUGGUGGUUCUCAAAUAUUUGAUAUAGUUAAUGAUGGCGCAAGGAUGUGUUUUUAACAAUUAACGUGAUAUUAAUAGCAAUAAGGACAGUACUGAAUUUAUUUAGGGUAAUUUAAACACUUGAGACUGAAAUUUUUCCAAAAAUAGUCCCAGUUAAAAUGUACAAAGUGUAUAAAAUUUAAAUUCUCGAUAUUGGAUUUGGAUUUCUGAAAAUGUAGUGGUGUGGUUCUAUUAUUCCAAUGAAUGGGUGUUUAAAAUACUAUAACAUUAUACCAAGGACAUGUACAUAAAAAGUAAUCGUCACUCAAGGCAUUUGUCGAUUUCUUCGAGCUUAGGAUUAUGGACUUCAAGUGGCGAUGAGCACUUGACCGCGCGAUGGAGAAUAGAGAAGGAUGGAGCGGCGAGGCGGGCGCGACGGGCGGCGCGGCCUACAACGGCACAGAGCGCGCGCAGGCCGAGCGGGACCGCGUGCGCAUCGAGUUCUACGCCACAUACGACGUCAUGACGGGCGUGCGCAUAGCCGCCACGCUCGGCGGCUUCUUCGCGCUCAUGGUUUUCCUAAUCGUUUACAAGAGCCGGAGCAAAUCCGUUAAGGCCCUUAACGAUCCUAAGAUAGUGGAGCUCGCGGAGGCGGUGGUGGCCGAGGAGCAGGCGGUGGAAGAGGAGCGACAGCUGACGAUCGCGCUCGAGGAGGCGCUGUGUGAGCGCGCGCGCUCGCGGCCCUCCAUCGGCGAGGAACCCUGGCCGCCCUGGCCUCGGCGGGCGCGCUUCGCCUCCUACGGCGGCGGCUAUGGCAGCCUGUUGACGCCACCGCGUCGCCUCUCUGGCCUGCGCGGCGAUUCGCUGCCGAGCUCCGCGCUGCGAGUGGCGGAGCGGCGCGCGUCGGCGGCGUACGCCCGCGACCGUCGUCUCAGCUCGGCCACCUGCUCGAGUUCGGGUAGCUCGUACUUAGAGCGGCGCGGCUCCUCAGUCGUGUGCUCAUUGCCGGACCGGCGCCUGUCACCGUGCCCUAGCGAACGUCUGGCGCCGCUCGCGUCCGCGGGCAGCGUGGGCCCAUCGUUCGCGUUGGACGCGGACUCGGCGUCAGUGGGACCGGACUCGGUGUUCGCGGAGGACGAGGAUUCGACGGACGACGAGGUGGACCAGUUCUCAACAGACAGCGGCGGCGGAGGCGAGGGCACGGAGCUGGCCAGCCGCCCGGCACCGCCGCCCCGAACUCGCGUGCGCGCCCCACUCUCCUCCGAGACGCCCUUGUAGACCCUUAGAUUGUUACGUGUUAUCGACGUGUUAAAAUAUCGACUCGUUUGAAUCUCAUUCCGUAGUGUUAGCGACAUAUCACGAAAUUUUUAUUCGACAUAUCAUUUUAAAGAGACAAAUAUAAUUAUCGGUUAUUCAUAUUUACAAAACUUAAAUUGACUUUUUAUCAUUCCAAAUAAUAUCGGUGAAAAAUACUAACGAUAAGUAUCACCGAAAAUAUUUACAAAGAUUCGAUACAGAUUCAAUCACGAUAUCGGUGUAAUAAAUUUAACGAUAUAUUUCGUUACUCUAAAGCUUUAACGUAAACUGGAAGCAACGAGUGCGUCGAUAUUUUAAUAUGUGUGUAGUGCAGAGCGUGUGUAAAUAGUUUGUUUUGUUAAUAUUGAUGUUUCGCGAUGUUGAUGUUUCAGACCGUGAUAAGAUUUAUUUGUAGGUGCAUCGUGUACGCGGCAUGGGAUUGUUGAGCUUCCUGAGAUUUAUUAGCUUAACUGUUCUUUUAUUCCACCUUCUCGGCUAAACUACGUCGUUGUUGCCUCGGGUUUGGUGACGAUAUUUCCUUUUCCCGUAGUGAACCUUAGGGAUGUUAUAUAUAGAGUGUAGUUAAUAAAUAAAACCUCGAGUCGUCCUAAAAGUAAAUAAUAAUAUAAUGUCUGUCUAAGCGCACAUGCUAUAUUAUAAGUAACGGCAUUUUUUACGUUCCCCUCGUAACUAAUUGAAGCGUUCAACUGCUCUAUCUAUAAUAUCUCAAUGGGUGUAAGCGCUCCAGUCUCACCGGAUAUAUUUAUUCCAUGUUUACAGCUAAUCGGUAUGUGAGUACGGUGGUAGUUCCGCCAUCAUUUUUCACCGUUUAGUGUUCUUUUUUAAAGUACUGGGUAAUAAAAAGAUCUACCGAAUUAGACUUUUAUAGGCACAUAAGUACAUAAUAAUUAGGACAUUAUUGUAUCUGUAUCUUAAAAUUUUUACUCAUGUACAUAAAUGAAAUAAUAGCGAAAUAUUUUUACGAUACACCUAACCGAUCGCCUAAUAAUUAAAUAUGAUCGAAUUAUAACAAACGAAACUACAGUAUAGGAAUUCUGCUUAUUUUAUCCUACCUAGGAUUUCUUUCACUGGUUUUAAAAGUUGAGUACAAACUAGUGUUUACAACAGUUUUUUUGACAAUUUAUGGCAUUUAUUUUUUAAAAGGUUUCCCUUAUGCAUUUUUUUUAAUUAAUUUAAAUAAAAAUAUCAUAUGUUAUAAUGUGAUGUUCUCUAAUAAUUUAAAGAGGGAAAAUGUUUGCAUUUCUUAAGUCUUCGAAAUAGGCUUCCUAUCGAACUAACUUGUUACGACCGUAUACCUUAGUUUGUACACAGCUUUAUAUUUACAAUAGAAUAUUAGAUAAUAUUAACGCGGGAGAAUAGUACGUAUUUAUAUCACGCUUUUUGUAUAUGUGUUUCUGCUAACAAUAGAACAGUCUAUCUCUUUGUAAUUGACUAAUGUCCGGUUUCUGAAAGAACAAUCAAUUAAAAAUUAAUUAAUUUAAAUUAAAUAUUUAAUGUGGAACAGAAGUUUUCGUUCAAUUACAGUUGACAAGUGAUUCGGAAACCGAGCAUAAGUCUUGUCAUCCUUGGUUUUUGACUGUUUAAUGUCAUCCAGUCAUGUGUGAUAGCUUUCUAGUCACUUGUUUUUUUUACAUUUAUAACUCAGUAUAGACCAACAGAUAUUUUUAGUUUGAAUAUUAACAUUAUCUAUAAUAUGUGCUGUUGUUCCUUUUAUAUUAUUUUUCUUUUAUAAAAAUGUUGACAGUUGAUAAAAUAGUAUUAUGAAUGUUGCCAAAGAAAUGUUUUUCUAGACUUUGUAAGAACUUGAAAUAAAUACAAGGAAUUGGUGAAAAUGUAAUUUACAGUUUUCUGUGUAAGAAUUGAUACGGUUGCAACUCACUGUAUUUUACCCAUUGCUGGAAUGUGUUAUUGAAAGUAUCGACUUUGUAAAGAUCAUAAGCAAUAUACUUAGUGGUACAAAUAAAACUUUUUCUUUUCGCACAAUCCGUAAAAUUUGAAGAAAAUAAAAGAAAAAAACCACAGGUCAAACAGCUAACGCAAUAGACGGCGCGUCGAAUUGUUUUUGUCGACGGAUUUUCAACCAACGACAAUGGCCACUCCUUCAAAGUUUUCCACUCUGAACUAACGAAGCUUUUUCAAAACAAGUGCUAUCUCAAAGUUUGCCGACUCCAUGGUUUUUGUACGAUGUAGAUAGUGUCAACUCUUUAGGGUAGAUGUCGGUGCAGUCAAUUUAAAAAAAUGUUUUAAUGUUUAGAUAGUUGUUUGCCAUCUAUUCAACAUUUGUAAGGGCCCACGAUACCUUUACGUCCUUCGAACAAUAAAAAGAUGUAGGAGCGCUAGCUAGAAGCGGCCUAAAUGCUCGAACGAAGUCACUCACCAAGGAAACUGCCACUGUUCUUGUUUAAUAAAUGUUACACGGACACAGGGAUUUUAUUGAUUCAAGUGUGCCGAGCCCGUGUCGCUCGGGCCCCGUAGUAACUGACACGACUCGUUUUUAUUACGAUCUAGAUUUACGUGUUAGUUUAUGUAACUGUUCGUUGCUCGAAUUAAAAAGAGCUCCUGGUAGCCUGUAAAAUGUUGAAAUGUAUGUAAAAAAACAUUGUAAAUAUAAAA